AUGCCGUCCUCGUCGUCGUCAAGUACGACAGCCGGGGCCAAGGGCGGAGCCGGAGGAAGAGCAGCAGCGUCGGCAGCCGCGACCCGCGAGCAGCGGUUGCAGCAGGAGCAGGCGCUGGAGAAGAUCCCGAUGCUGGAAAAACAGCUGCAGGUGGCGCCGUACUUUCGGUGCCUCCAGCCAAGCUGCAAGUGCCAGUCGUUUCUGGACGCUCAGUCUGUGGCGCAGCGGCAGGCGAUCAAGGCCGGGACGACGACGCAGCCGAUGGCGCGCGAGGCGCGGAUCGAGUGCCAGAACUGCAAGCACUCGGUACAUUUGCACGGCGGGCUGAGCAAGCUGAACAAGGCGAGCAUGAACGAAAAGUUCCUCAUUGUCAUCCACAUCAAGAAGCUGGUGACGGCCAUUCGAUCAAUGCCGCCGGGCGACGAGCGCAACAGCUACGUGGCAAAGAUCCACAAGUACAAGGCGCGGCUGAUGUCGUCUCCGGCAGACAUGGAGGAGUUUCUCAAGAUGAUUGGCACGCCGCCGUUCGAGCGGCCGGUCAUCCAGCAGAUUCUGAUGAACUUUCUCGAGUACAAAUACGCCGGCGCCCCGGCCGAGCAGGUGGCGCGGAUUGGCAAGCUGUGCAAGACCUUCAUGUCGGCGAUCGACGAGCAGAUGCUGCCCAAGCCUGCGCGGUACCUCGAGUACAACCCGGGCGACACGACGUUCAAGGUCAACUACAAGCGGUGGCUCAUCUUUUGCCAGGGCACCAAGUGCGGGAAUCUGGCGGGCUACCGCUACGCGGCGUCGCAGAUCUUUGGCCGCUCGUUCCUGCUCUCGGUCUUCACUCUUGCGCAAGAGCGGGUCAUGCAGGUCUUCCUCCUCCCGGCCGACCUCCGGCCGCUCAUUCCUGACUUUUUCUCCAUGCUCAAGGAGGAAAUUGUCAAGCCAACGUCGCCGAUCUUCCACAACAACCCGUCACGAUCGGCAAAGCGGCAGGCGCCCGAUACGUGGUCGGGCACGGUCGCGCCACGCGAGCCGAAGCGGGCCAAGUUUGGCCUCGACGCCGUAUACACCGACCAGGCCGGGCGGGUGGUGGCACCGCCGACGGCAGCGGCAGCUGCCGCUGCUGGAGCCGCCGCUGGCGGCGGCUCCCGCUCGAACCUCUCGCUCAACGGGCAGCAGACCAUUGCGCCGUCGGCGAUCCUCAUGGGCUCGAUGGGCUCGCCGACAGAGCUGGCGCGCGCGGCAGCGGGUGGAGCGGACGCGAGUAGCAGCGCCGCGGCGGAGGCGCCGCCGCGGCGGGCCAAGGACGUGCGUUUCGAGUGCAUCACCAACGACGGCGCGACGCAGACCAUCUACUGGCUGUGGGAGGUGCGGGACGUGGUGUCGCGCGGCCUGCCGCGAAUGCCGCGCGACUACAUCACGCGCCUUGUCUUUAACCGCAAGCACCACGCAGUCAUCAUUCUUGACGACGACAAUCACGUCAUCGGUACGGUGGUGUACCGGCCGUUCCUCAACGACGGCUUUGCCGAGAUUGUCUUUCUCACUGUCGAGUCUGCGCAGCAGGUCCGCGGGCUCGGCUCGAGGCUGAUUAACCACCUCAAGGAGGUGUGCAAGGCGCAGGGCAUCUACAACUUUCUGACGUACGCCGACGACUUUGCCACGGGCUUUUUCCGCAAGCAGGGCUUCUCGGCCAUCCUCACUCUUCCUCGCAACCGGUUCGAGGGCCGGAUCAAGGACUACGACGGCGGCACCCUCAUGGAGUGCCGGUUCUCGCCGCUCGUCGACUACCUCAACAUUCCCACCAUGGUGGCCAACGCACGCAAGGUCCUCGAGGCUGCCAUCAGAAUGCGGAGCAACAACCACGUGAAGCACGACGGCCUCCCGGCUGGCGGCCCCGUCCCGAUCGCUGACAUUCCGGGCGUGGCCGGGACGCAGUGGACGCCGGCCGACACGGUCUCGCCCGAGUCGGUCGCCGAGCUCCACGAGAAGCUUGCCAUUGUGAUGGAGCAGCUCAAGGGUCACGCCAAGGCCGGCCCAUUCCUCCAGCCGGUCCCGCGCGAGAUUGUCGACUACUACGAGCAGGUGCCCAACCCGAUUUCGUUUGCCGAGAUCGAGGAGCGUCUCAAGACCGGCAGCUACUACGUGACACGCGAGCUGUUUGUCACCGAAGUCAUGCGGGUCUUCAAGAACUGCCGCUUCUACAACGACGUCGACUCGCCGUAUUACAAGUGCGCCAACGCGCUCGAGCACUACUUUAAGACUCGGCUGCUCUCGGUCGGGCUGGCGUGACGCCUCGGGCUGUAAACUACUUGAGCGCA